AUGGCCUCAUUCUGGGCCAGAGUCAUUUCGACUACUCUGGCUGUGUUAUUUUUACUUGCUGUUGGCUUCAAAUCGCUUUUUCCCGGAAAUGACCCUUACCGUUGUCGAGCUAUCCAAAGCACUGGACGCUGGAUCGAUCCACCAGAUGAAGAAGGGAACAGGUACCCUUUUAAUCAAUGGCAACCAGAUGGAUGCAUCAUGAACAAGUACGAGUCCGAAGAUAUUCGCCGCUGUAUGCAAGGUCGUCGAAUAGUUGUUGUCGGAGACUCAACGUCUCGUAACGUCGGUCAUGGAAUUAGUCGCCUGCUAGAUACGGAGCGUUCCAACCGCGAUAGAAAGGAGCUCAAAAUGCCCAAGUCCCAGUUUUUCAACAUGACAUACUAUGGCCAGAUGAUCCAGCGACUACCUAACAUCUUCCUGGAGUGGAAAGACAAUGCUAGCCAAGAACAAUUUGGACACAACCUCAAAAUGUAUGCGAAAGAAAAACAGAACACUCCAUCAAUCGAGAAACAGGAAGCGCCUGCGUUGAUCUACAUGGCUGGAGGCGUCUGGUUCACCAGGAUGAAUGCAUCAUUGCCUGGCGGCACAACAGUAAUUUCACCAAAUUCCACGUUUGCUCUUACUGCCAGCCCUUUCAUGCUAGAAAUGUUGAAUUCGCCAUGGGAUAAUCGCUUCGGUACAUACAAAGAGUACAUGUCCAGCAUAUUCGACUUCAUUACCGACAACACACCUGAUAUUGAUCCCUUCUCUGCCCCGAUGGACCCAAUCGAUGGGUUAGGAAAUCAGAUGUUUUAUGGUCCUCCCGCCGGACCUGUGUACUUGGGAGAUGAUCCUGUACACAUCAUCGAUGCUCAUCGUCGAUCCGGCGAGACUACCAUGAUGCGAGACUGGUUGCAUCAAGUCGAGCAGGAUUGGAAUCUCCCAAUUAUUUGGUCUAUACCGAUGCUCACGUAUUGCCAGAACAAAACGUGGCUAGAUGGUUAUAAAACAGGGCUACAUGUUAAGCAUGGGAUUGCAGAUACUCGAGCCAACAUCAUAUUGAACUUGAGAUGCAACGCGAAGCUUGACCGUCUAAAGUCGUAUCCAUACAAACGCACUUGCUGCACCGACUACGGGGUUAAACCAGUUACUCAACUCGGGAUUGUUGCUUUGGGUAUUAUUUACCUGGCUGCGUGUCUUGUAGGUGAGAUGUUGGAUUUGUACCAUGACCGAAACGAACCGCGAUGGAGGUUUUUUACUAUGAGAGCAGGGUCAUUCGUCUUGGCUCUUCUCAUGUGUUAUUACGCGGAUCGUACACAGAUGAUGGCCAAGGGUGAAAAACUCUGGCAGCCAAUCAACUUUGCUAUUCUCUGUGCUCCUUGUCUCGCCAUUUUGCUACUCACUAUCCGUCGAUCGCGAUCUCCGAUACCGAUGGGAAUGGAAAUGCCUUUAUCAACGAAGGAACCAAACGAACCUUUUCUCUCACGACAGCAAACAGAUGAGUGGAAGGGUUGGAUGCAAGCUCUCAUUCUUAUUUAUCACUGGACUGGAGCUAUUAAGGGAUCCAAGUCUAUCUACAUCCUCAUUAGGUUGUGCGUUGCAGCAUACCUUUUUCAGACUGGAUACGGACACACUUUGUACUUUCUGAGAAAGAACGACUUUUCAUUCCGUCGUCUUGCAGCUGUUUUAUUACGGCUGAAUCUUCUCAGUUGUUCACUGGCUUAUAUUAUGGACACGGAUUACAUGUUUUACUAUUUCUCACCUCUUGUUUCGUUCUGGUUCCUUGUUGUCUACGGAACCAUGGCAGUUGGCGGAAAACGAUAUAACAGCGACCCGCAGGUCGUGUUAUCCAAGAUAUGCAUUUCAGGCUUGUUAGUCUCUGCAAUCUUCAUGGGCACGCCACUAACUCGAUUUGUUUUUGGUCUCCUCAACACAGUUUUCAACAUCCAAUGGAGUUACAAGGAAUGGCAGUACCGCGUUACGCUUGACAUGUUUAUUGUCUAUGUCGGCAUGUUGACCGCUGUGGUGAACAACGAAAUGAAGAAAACCGUCAUUCAUCUUGGUCUUCGAAUCAUCCUCGCCGUCGCUGGUUUAUUUGGUACAAUGUAUUACUUCAAUGCGACUUUACAUCUACGAACAAAGGUUUACAAGGCGUGGCACCCUUUGAUAUCUUUCAUCCCGAUACUGGCCUUUAUAGCACUUCGGAAUAUUUCUGCACCAGUCCGGAAUUACCAUUCAAAAGCUAUGGCUUGGCUGGGUCGGUGUUCACUUGAGACGUAUAUCUUGCAGUAUCAUUUAUUGAUGGCUGCUGAUACGGAAGGUGUUUUGAUUAUUGAUGGUGUAUUUGGGGACGGUACGGUAAUGGGAGAUCGAUGGAGGACGCUGGUAAUUAUUGUACCGGUAUUUCUCUGGGUGAGUAAUUCUGUGGCAAAGUCAACAGCCUACAUCGUCGAUCUGAUCAUGGAGAGUUCUGAGGAGGACGAAAAGGCAUCUAGCUCCUCAUUUGCAUGGUUGGAAAAAGUCCCUGGAUAUGGAUGGAUUACGGCGCCGAAAGUUCGUGUGGCAUGUAUUUUAUUGGCAAUGUGGAUUCUGAACCUGCUUACCCCUGGACAUGGGGAAGUACCAGCUCCAAGUGGUGGACAUCAUGUCACAUCAGCACCGCUACCACCGUGGUAG